CUCUAGGCGGCUCUUGGACCUAGGAGGAUGCUCUUCGCCGCUUCCGUUGCCUCCGCCGCGUCCGCCGAUGCCGCGGCGCCCCCCGCGACCGUCGCCACCGCCGGCGGCGCCCAGGCGCGCGGCGGCUGGAUGCCGUUCGCCCAGCAGGGCGGGUCGACGGGCGUCAACUUUGCGUCGCAGGGUGCCGACACGGCGUUGCACUUCUUCACGGACCCAAACUUCGACUUCCAGAAGGAGGGCCAAAAGUACCAGCAGCUGAGCGGCGAGACGGGGAACGCCUUUGGCGGGCUGUCGCAGGGUAUGCUGCCGCAGCAGGCCGCGCCGCAGCAGGCCGCGCCGGCGGGCACGGCGCCUGAGGCGCCGGCCGCCACCUCGCGCGCCGGCCCCCAGCCCGCAUCCCGGGAUGGCAUCCCGAUGGGCAGCUGGCAGGACUUCAUGAACAUGGGCAUCCACACGGGCAUCGCCUAUGCCGGCGCGGGCGCCGACACGGCGACCGAGUGGGGCAAUGGCAAGGGCGACGGCGCCGCGACGGCCAACAAGUUCGGCGCGCUCAGCCAGACAACGGGCAACAACUUCAACACGCUGUCUGGCGGCACGCCGGCGGCGCCGACGACGACGCCAGCUGCGGCGGCGGCUCCGGCCGAGAAGUCUGCCGAGGCGCCGGCGACGGAGGGCGUCAAGCCGCGCGGCGGCUGGAUGCCGUUUGCGCAGCAGGGCGCCGCGACCGGCGCCGGCUUCGGCGCGCAAGGCAUGGACACGGCCUUCCGCUUCUUCACGGACCCGAAUUUCGACUUCCAAAAGGAGGGCCAGGCGUACCAGGCGUCGGGCGCGGCCACGGGCAACGCGUUCGGCGGCCUCUCGCAGGGCAUGCUGCCGCAGCAGCAGCAGGCGGCGGCGGCGGCGGCGCCCGAGGCGGCGGCGGCGGCACCGGCUGAGAAGUCUGCCGAGGCGCCGGCGGCCGAUGGCGCCAAGCCGCGCGGCGGCUGGAUGCCGUUUGCGCAGCAGGGCGCCGCGACCGGCGCCGGCUUCGGCGCGCAAGGCAUGGACACGGCCUUCCGCUUCUUCACGGACCCGAACUUUGACUUCCAGAAGGAGGGCCAGGCGUACCAGGCGUCUGGCGCGGCCACGGGCAACGCGUUCGGCGGCUUGUCGCAGGGCAUGCUGCCGCAGCAGCAGCAGGCGGCGGCGGCGGCGGCGGCGCCCGAGGCGGCGGCUGCGGCUCCGGCUGAGAAGUCUGCCGAGGCGCCGGUGGCCGAUGGCGCCAAGCCGCGCGGCGGCUGGAUGCCGUUUGCGCAGCAGGGCGCCGCGACCGGCGCCGGCUUCGGCGCGCAAGGCAUGGACACGGCCUUCCGCUUCUUCACGGACCCGAAUUUCGACUUCCAGAAGGAGGGCCAGGCGUACCAGGCGUCUGGCGCGGCCACGGGCAACGCGUUCGGCGGCUUGUCGCAGGGCAUGUUGCCGCAGCAGCAGGCGGCGGCGGCGGCUGUGCCGGAGAAGGCUCCGGCGGCGGCUGCUCCGGCUGAGAAGGUGGGCUGGAUGCCGUACGUGCAGGCGGGCGCGGAGACUGGCGUCAGCUACGCCGCACAGGGCGCGAGCACCGGUUUCCGCUUCUUCUUCGACCCGAACUUCGACUUCCAAAAGGAGGGCGAGGCGUACCAGGAGUCCGGCAAGGCGACGCAGGACAAGUUUGGCGCGAUUGGCCAAGAGGAGGCCGGCGAGGGAGAGGCUGUGGAGGAGGCGGCCGCCGACGCGCCGCGCCCGACCGCCAAGCAGGGCUACUCUUUCGGUGCGAUCGGCCUGGUCGCUCUGUUCGCUGUGGGCGCGGCUGUCGUCGGCGCCAUCCGCGCGCGCGCGCGCAGCGGGCCGCAGUACGUGCGUCAGACCAACCCGGACGAGCUGGUCUAGACACGACUUGCGGCGAGGCGCGUGGGCUCUCUCAAAGCAUGUCGGUCGCAGCCAUGAUGUCGAUUUAGCUGGCGCUCAAGGCUCUCGGUUUCAGAUGAGGGGCUCGAGAGCGCGCUCUCGAGAGGUCACGGAAUGAGACGAGGGUUGGGACGGAGGGCGGCAGAUUUCAACUGCUGAUGAAUCCACUAGACUGUCACGUUUCGGGGACUGGUCACCUUUGUCUGCUGUUCUCAUAUGCAUGGGCGCGAUACCCCAGCGCGUGCUGAGGUGUGAGGAGGCUGUGGGGGCACGGGCGAGGUGUCACGGUGGGGAUAUACACACAUGCAUGCCGUUACACAGAAAAAGGGGCCGUAAGUAAGGGGAACUUUCGAGAAGGUAAGGUAAGGUAAGGUAAACGUCUC